AUGGACCCCACUCGCGCCAUCAUUGAAGAUAUACCAAUGGCUGCGUUACGCACUACCGUUGGAAACAUUUCUGAACAGUACAAAUACACCACAAUGAACACCAUGAAGGUGAAGAAUACUCCUAAACAACCUAACACGAUGGAAUACGUCCCUUCUGGAACUAAAGCUAUGAAAAUAAGGCACAAACUGCUCGCCAAGUUGGAAGCAACAACAAAGGUUUUACGCUUCAAAAAUUUUAUGAGUGGUAUUGAGACGAAACAAGAGCACAAGGACACGCUACCACUAGCGACGACGUUUGUG